AUUAUUUUAGAGCACAAACAACGUUGGGAAAAACUUUUUUUCUAAUUCAAAAGAUACUUCUAUAUCUUUCAGUAUUGUGGACAAAUUCCUUCAAAAUGAUGGACCCAGACAUGGAAUCUAAAGAAGAUAAGAGGAAAAUGCCUAAGAUUGCGAAGGUGAAGAACAAAAUGCCGGCGCCAGUGCAGAUCACAGCAGAACAGCUGUUGAGAGAAGCUAAAGAGAGGGAGCUAGAGCUUGUCCCACCGCCUCCGAAGCAGAAGAUAUCAGAUCCAGAUGAGCUUCAGGCAUAUCGCCUCCGACAGCGGAAGAUGUUUGAGGACAACAUCAGGAAGAAUCGUGGUAUGAUGACUAACUGGAUCAAAUACGCUGCCUGGGAGGAAAGUCAGAAAGAAAUACAAAGGGCAAGGUCUGUUCAUGAAAGAGCGUUAGAUGUGGACCACAGAAAUAUAACAGUAUGGCUGAAGUAUGCUGAGAUGGAAAUGAGGUGUCGUCAAAUAAACCAUGCAAGAAAUAUAUGGGACAGAGCAGUGACAGUUCUGCCAAGAGCAAACCAGUUCUGGUACAAAUACACCUACAUGGAGGAAAUGUUAGGAAAUAUUGCAGGUUGCCGUCAGGUGUUUGAGAGAUGGAUGGAGUGGGAGCCGGAAGAGCAGGCCUGGCACUCGUAUAUCAACUUCGAACUACGAUACAAGGAACUUGACAGGGCUAGAAUGAUCUAUGAAAGAUUUGUGAUAGUACAUCCUGAGGUGAAAAACUGGAUUAAAUAUGCCAAGUUUGAGGAGAAGAACAGCUACAUUAACAGUGCAAGAUCUAUCUAUGAGAGGGCUGUGGAGUAUUUUGGUGAGGAUAACAUGGACGAGAAACUUAUUAUAGCAUUUGCAAAGUUUGAAGAGGGACAAAAGGAGCAUGAACGUGCCAGAGUUAUAUACAAGUAUGCUUUGGACCACCUACCAAAGGAAAAAUGCCAAGAGAUCUAUAAAAAUUACACAAUACAUGAGAAAAAAUUUGGAUCUCGGGCCGCCAUUGAAGAUGUAAUUGUUAGCAAGAGAAGAUUCCAGUAUGAAGAGGAAGUGAAAACGAACCCACUGAACUAUGAUGCCUGGUUUGAUUACCUGAGAUUGCUUGAAGCAGAUGGCAAUGUAGAACAGAUCAGAGAUACUUAUGAACGUGCCAUAGCUAAUAUACCACCAUCUCAGGACAAAAGAUUUUGGAGAAGAUAUAUCUAUUUAUGGAUCAACUAUGCCCUGUAUGAGGAGUUGGAGACAGAAGAUGAGGAAAAGACGCGGCAGGUCUACAAGGCUUGCCUCGAUAUCAUUCCACAUAAAAAAUUUACAUUUGCCAAAAUAUGGCUGCUCUUUGCUCAGUUUGAAUUACGACAUAAGAAUCUACAAAAUGCUAGAAAAGUAAUGGGAGUUGCAAUAGGGAAAUGUCCAAAGAACAAACUGUUUCGUGGAUAUAUUGACAUGGAGUUACAGCUGAGAGAGUUUGAAAGAUGCCGAGUGUUGUAUGAAAAAUUCUUGGAGUUUGGAUCAGAAAAUUGCACAACAUGGAUGAAGUAUGCAGAGUUGGAGACUAUUCUUGGAGAUGUUGACAGAUCUCGAGCCGUAUUUGAGCUGGCGAUAUCACAGACCAAGCUCGAUAUGCCAGAAGUAUUAUGGAAGGCCUAUAUUGACUUUGAAAUAGAACAGGAAGAGUACAAUAACACCAGAAAUCUCUACAGACGUCUGCUGCAGAGGACUAAACAUGUCAAGGUAUGGAUAAGCUUUGCCCAGUUUGAGAAGUCAACAGGUGAUCCAGAGGCAUUAAAGAAAACACGUGCUAUCUACCAGGAAGCAGUCUCAUCUCUCAAGAGUUCAGAAGAGAAAGAAGAAAGACUAAUGAUUCUUGAAUCCUGGCAGGCAUUUGAGGCUGAAUGUGGAGAUGAGGAAUCACAGAAGAAAGUGGAAAAGUUGUUACCACAGAAGGUGAAGAAACGAAGGAAGAUACAGACAGAUGAUGGGACAGAUGCGGGCUGGGAGGAGUACUAUGAUUACAUAUUUCCUGAUGAAACUACUGCUCAACCUAACCUCAAGCUGCUGGCUAUGGCCAAGAAAUGGAAACAGACACAAGAACAAACAGCUGAUGAUGAAAAUGACAGCCAGGAUGUCAUGGAAACUGGAUCAGAUUGAAGACAAUGCAACAACCAUGUUGCCAUGGAAACUGACACCCAACUGAAAACAAUGUGACAAGUAUGUUGCCAUGGACACUGGCUCCGACUGAAAAUGGUAUAACAAACCAUGUUGUCAUGCUGACUGACUUUGGUUAAAAGCAGUGCGAAAGCCAUGUUGCUAUGGAAACUGAGUCAGACUGAACCAAAAAUUAUAGCACUAAAAGUGUGAAAAAAAUGAAGUGAUUUUAUCACGGGAGCAGUCUUUGACUGUACAAGUGGUAUUAAAUUCCCAGUGAUCUCUUACCAUUCAUCACAAAUUUGUACAUAAUGCCGAUAGUCAGACAGUUGUAUUUGGUUGGUUAUAGCAGAAUAGGCAGGUGGAGUUUGUAAACGUUUAAUGUCUGUGAUCAUGGUAAAACAAAAGGAUGCUAUUGCAAAUUGUUACAGUCACAUAGAGACUUCAUUGAUCUUACUGAAUCUUCAAGCUGGUACUUGUGGCAACAGUAAACUCAAAACUGUCUUCAUUGUUGGUCAUACUAAAUUGUGCAAAUGUUACCAAGUCUUAAAAAUUCCAUAUCAUAAGUUACAUCAUGGGGUCAUCUGUAUGAUAAUCAUUUUACCAGAUGUCUUUCAGAUCUGUGCAGGAAAGGGUUUCAUCCAUCAUUUAGCUGGGGAAUUGUCACUCAAUAGUUGUAUCGUUUUUGUUUGUAAACAAAGUUUAUGUAUGUGUUACUGUUUGUAUCAGGAAGUUAGAUGAGUAAAAUGUGUUAGAGAAAUGGAUAAAACUCUUGUUGCCUGUUGAAUGGAAUUAAAAAAGAUUGACAAAAUCUCAGAUGAAUGUUCCAACUCCAGAACAUUUUUGUAUCUGAUUGGAACAGAGUGUAGAAUGAAUUAAUUCUUGCUAUGCCAGUCCCUAUAUAACAAUAAGUGAAGUCUCAAAAACGUUUGAUAAAUUAUCCAGUCAAAAAUCUGAAAUUGAAACUCUAAUUACCUUACCAUGUCCAUAGUAAAAAUGAAUUACACUUUAAAAGAAAAGAGAAAUAUGACAUUUUAUAGCAAUUUUCAUAUUUUCUUUACAUGGCAGAAGUAGCAAAAUAAUGAAAAUUUCACUCUUCUGUGGUCAAAGUAAGAAUCAAUCAUUCCACUUUAUUAUAGGAUAUCACCAAAAAUAUGUUUUAAAAAAACAACAUUGAUUCCUUUAUAAUUAAAAAGAUCUUAGUUUUUAACCAAUAUUCUGCCUGGGUAUCUUAAUAUGGAUAAUUCAAGUCAGAAGUAUAAAGUAAACAGGGUUAAGAAAUGGGGACAUGGAUGCAAACUUGUUGUUGAGUUUAUGCCUGAAGCAACAGUUUAUUGAUUUAAUUUACUUGUCAUUUUCACUUCAUAUGACCCAUUGUAAAAACUUAAAAGAUUAAGUGCUACUGAAUAUGUAUUAUGUUCAUUUUUAUUAUGUUACAUGUCAAAUUAAUAAAAUUAUUUUUAUGUGCAAAAA